AUGGACAAAAGUUGGUUAACUCCUUCACCUGCAUAUGCCGAAGGAGUUAACCAAUUCCUAUCACUUGCACAAAACCAUGCAAGGGGCCAAAACUGCAUACGGUGUCCAUGCCGCAUAUGCUGUAAUAAUCUGUGGCUAUCUUUCCCUGAAGUGCAGAGUCAUUUGUUCAUAACCGGGAUUAAUCCAAGUUAUACACAGUGGAUAUUUCAUGGGGAGAAGGAGACACAAUAUUUUAAUAUUGGAUCUGAUGAUGAGUUAGAUUAUAAUGGUGGGGACGAUUACAUCGAUGAAAUCGACCAGCUGUUAGAUGAUGUGCGGGCGGGUACAUUCUUCAACCCGCCCCACGACAGCACGUCGGGGCCUACUCAACCACCCAUGGCUGAACACAUCCCAAUGUCUUACUUUGCACAACUACUCGAUAAUACUCGUCGUCCACUUUAUCCCGGAUGUACAAAAUUUUCAAAGUUGUCGUUUGUUGUAAAGCUGCUACAUAUAAAGACCAUUGGUCAUUGGUCAAUCAAAUCAUUCAACAUGCUCCUCAACUUAUUGAAGUUUGCCUUUCCUGAUGCUGAUUUGCCACAGUCAUAUGAGGAGUCAAGGUCAUUAGAGCGGGGGCUAGGGUUCAAGUACCACAAAAUCCAUACAUGCCCCAACGAUUGCAUAUUAUUUUGGAAGGAAAAUGCUGAUAAGAAUGUGUGCCCUAUAUGUAAUGCUUCAUGGUGGAUGUCAAAUACACAUGGGACACGAGUUCUCCCUCAGAAGGUUUUACGGCAUUUCCCGUUGAAACCUAGACUGCAGCGGCUAUAUAUGUCUGCAAAGAUAGCAACUGAUAUGCGAUGGCAUAAAGAGAAACGAGCUUCAGAUGAGACAAUUACGAGGCACCUAGCCGACUCAGACUCUUGGAAUAAUUUCGAUAAAGACCAUGCAUGGUUUGCAGAGGAUUCUCGAAAUGUUAGACUCGGUCUAGCUAGUGAUGGCUUUAACCCCUUUAACAAUUUGGCUAAACCUUAUAGCAUAUGGCCAGUUAUUCUCGUACCAUAUAACUUGCCUCUGUGGCUAUGCAUGAAAGACCAAUUCUUCAUGACAUCUCUCAUCAUUCCAGGGCCGAAAUCACUAGGGAAUGAUAUUGAUGUUUACUUGCAGCCGUUGAUCGAUGAGUUGCUUGAACUUUGGGAACAUGGGAUAGCUACGCAUGAUGCAUCCACAUCGUCAACAUUCAUGUUGCAUGCAGCAUUAUUAUGGACAAUAAAUGACUUUCCAGCCCUGGGGAAUCUUUCCGGGUGGUCAACCAAAGGAAAACUAGCAUGUCCACCAUGCAACGCAGAUACAGACUCAACAUGGUUGAAGUAUGGUCGAAAGCAUAGCUAUAUGGGACAUCGUCGGUUCUUACCACUAGACCACAUUUGGAGAUGCCGAAAGAAUUUGUUCAACGGUAAAGAAGAUCACCGACUGCCACCACAGGUGUUAUCAGGUUCAGAUAUAUUAAGUCAACUAUAUAUGCUCGAUGAUCUCCAAUUUGGUAAAUCUCAUCGAAAGAGAAAGCGAAGGGCUGAUGAGUUGAACUGGACGAAGAGCAGCAUUUUCUUCAUGUUACCCUACUGGUCAACUUUGAUGCUGCGGCACAAUCUUGAUGUUAUGCAUAUUGAGAAGAACAUUACUGAUAACAUCUUGGGCACUUUAAUGAACAUUCCUGGAAAAACAAAAUAUACUAUUAAUGCACGACGUGACCUUGAGAUCUUGGGUGUAAGAAAAGAAUUACAUUUGAAGCGCGAAGGAGAAAGGGUUACAUUGCCACAUGCUUCUUAUAUAUUGCAAGGUGAUGAGAGGACUAAAUUUUGUGAGUGGUUGGUGGAUGUAAAAUUCCCCGAUGGGUUUGCUGCAAACAUCUUGCGAUGUGUUUCUGUGCGUGACUGCAAAAUCUCUGGGUUGGAAAGCCAUGAUAAUCAUGUAUUUCUGCAACGACUACUUCCUAUAGCAGUUGGCGGGUACUUAAGAAAUGACAUUUCCCUAGCAUUGACUGAGCUUAGCAGUUUCUUUAAGGAGUUGUGUUCACGAACACUUGAUAGAAAUCGCCUAUAA